CCCCCUUUAUAAUAAAACCAGGUUCGUCAUUAAGUUCGACAUUAACUAGUCCUUCUAGUCGCUUUGUCCGUCGGAACCCUAGAAAUAUCUCUCCACGACAGGGUCGAGUGUUGGGAGGAUGACGAGGGUUUAUGUUGGGAAUUUGGACCCCCGGGUCACUGAGAGGGACCUUGAAGACGAAUUCAAGAUCUUCGGUGUUCUUCGCAGUGUGUGGGUAGCUCGUAGACCGCCUGGCUACGCUUUCCUUGAGUUUGAUGACGAGAGGGAUGCGAUGGAUGCUAUCCGAGCAUUGGAUGGCAAGAAUGGUUGGCGUGUAGAGCUUUCUCAUAAUAAUAAGGGAGGCCGUGGGGGCGGUGGCCGUCGUGGUGGAGGAGAUGACAUGAAAUGCUAUGAGUGCGGUGAACCUGGUCAUUUCGCUCGUGAGUGUCGUCGAGGUCGUGGAAAUGGCGGAAGGCGCAGAAGUCCUAGCCCCCGUCGACGAAGAAGUCCAAGUUAUGGACGCAGGAGUCCCAGCCCUCGUGGAAGAAGAUCCCCAAGGCACCGUAGUGUGACUCCGCCUCGCCGUGGACGCAGCUACAGCAGAUCCCCGCCAUAUCGUAAUUCGCGUCGUGAUUCUCCUUACCGUCGAGAGUCGCCCUAUGGCCGACGUUCACCGUAUGCAAAUGGGGCUUGACAUGCGGUUUGGUUACACCAAGCUUGUUGGGGGCAUAUCUGCAAUGCUUUUAGUUAAUGUAGGAAGUAUCUGCUCUGCUUGUUGUUCUUCUACCAAAGCCACUUUGUUAUGAGCAAUGGGCAUGGGCAUGUCGUCAUCUUUUUUAGAAACUUGGAUUUGGAAUUAACUGCUUCAGACUCUCUCCCAACUACCGGUUUGACUUUGCUGUCUUCUCUUCAGGGGUACUUGGAACUCCAAGGUCGUUUUUUUCCCUUUUAAUGCUAUAUUAUGGAUGAAAUAUACGCGUUUGCUGAAUGUGGUUUCUAAAAGGCUCUGGGUUUUUCCAUCUUUUUUGUUUGUGAGGUAUGCUACGAUUUAACGGGCAAGAGACCGCGUCUCUUGUCGUGGCCAUCUGCGCUGCAUCUUCUUAAGUUGAUCAUCAUCGGUUUCUCUCUCCCUCAACCUUGCUGUGUGUGCACCAUUGUCAUCAUCAGCUAAGCUAUUGCUUGUUAUUCUGUUUGGCAUAAAAAAACUCUUGAAAAGAAUUCCGACUGUCGUCACUCCGCGUGCGGCAAAGACAGAGAAGCUGUUUCACUGCUCGACGUCUUCUUCCGCACUGCAUGUCUUCUUGUCUUUCAUGAACCGAUCUCAUCUGUUCGGCUUAUUCCCUGCUACAUCUUCCCUGUAAUUGAUCUCUGUUUCCACCUAUUCUUCAUGCCUUCCUCGUUUUGUGUAAAUGUUCAACUCUUGGUUCGUUUUUCCUUGA